UCACUAUUCAAACCAAAAUUACUACACUUACAAACACACAAUUAAUUCUUCUUCCUCACAAGAGAAAGAAAUCAUGAAUUUUAUCUCAUCUUUCGCUAAGACCGCCGGCGGCGAAUCCACCGACGAGACAAAAAAAGCCGGCGGCGAGGAAUCUGGUUCCACAACAGAGCUUUUCGCCAGUGCAAAAGUGUUAGCAGACGCUGCUCAAAGCCAAUUCAACAAAGAUUCCGGCAAAAUCGAUAACAAAAAAGUGGCCGAAGCAGCUGCUGAUGUGCUCGACGCGGCACAGAAAUACGGAAAGUUAGACGAAACUCAAGGAAUUGGACAGUACGUUGAAAAAGCCGAAACUUAUCUCCACAAGUACGGUUCCGAUGCUCCGGCCGCUGUCUCCGUCGAUAAACCUCCAGCCGCCGCACCGGAUGCUGAAGAAGCAAAAGUAACAGCUCCUGCUUCGGAAUCGGCUCCGGCACCAGCUCCGGCAUCGGAACCGGCACCGGCACCGGCACCGGAGGAAGACAAAAAGAGUGGAGGAGCAGAUUAUCUUAAGAUGGCUGGUGAUUUCUUAGGCAAAAAGUAAUUUAGAGUCUAAUUAGCUUUUUAAUUAUGGCCUGUGCUUUUAAUUAUGGCUAAUGUUAUAUUCCAGUUGUUUUUUCUCUUUUCUGAAUUCGCAACUGUUCCACUGCUGGCGGGCGAAGAUAUGAGUUUUCUUCGCCGCUGGAGUUGGAUUUAUGGGAAUAUGUAUGUAAGUUGGCCAUUCUCCGCAUAGCGGAGCUUUACUGCCCGCCCUGUAUGUAAGUUGUGUGUAUGUAUGUGUAAUUCAGUGUGAUUUUAACGUGUAUUUUGUGUUUGUUUGGA